AGCAGAACUCGGGAGGAACAGACAAGGGAAAAUCAAGCAGGCUUUAGACCAGGUAGAGGGUGCAUAGAUCAUAUCUUCACUCUUCGACAGAUUCUAGAACAUAGACACACUUUUCGGCGUCCAACAAUUGUCAUAUUUCUUGACUUGAAGGCGGCCUUCGACUCCGUGGACCGAAAAGUACUAUGGCAAUGUCUGACUGUGAAGGGAGUGCCAAGAAAGUACAUUGCACUAAUUAAGGCACUCUAUUCAAACUCACGUAGUCGUGUAAGGGCUUAUGGGGAAUUGUCAUCUGAAUUGGUAACAACCAGUGGUGUCCGACAGGGAUGUCCACUUUCCCCAUUUCUGUUUAACUUCAUCAUAGAUAUGCUAAUGGAAGUAUCCUUAACUGAACGUAAUGACUUAGGAAUCGACUUGUUACCAGGGAAUAAUCUAAUGGACUUAGAAUAUGCAGAUGACAUAGUCCUGUUAGGGGAGGAUGCUGACAAAAUGCAGAGUCUUCUGAACACCUUGAGCAGCAAUCUUCGUAUGUUUGGCAUGCGAUUCGCCCCUGCAAAAUGUAAGAUGCUGCUACAGGACUGGACGACGUCAACCCCUAACUUAGUGAUAGGGAGUGAAGUGAUAGAACAUGUUGACCACUUCACCUACUUGGGAAGUUGUAUUAGCACCAACGGACUGAUUGGCGAUGAAAUCUCAGCACGGAUCCGAAAAGCUCGAGCUGCUUUCGCUGACUUACACCAUCUCUGGCGUAGGCGUGACGUCCGGUUAUCAACCAAGGGACGUGUGUACUGCUCAUCAGUUCGCUCCGUCCUUCUCUAUGGCUCUGAAACAUGGCCAAUACGCGUUGAAGACAUGAAAAGGUUGACUGCUUUCGAUCAUAGAUGUCUGCGAUCUCUGUCUCACGUUAGGUGGUUUAAUAAGGUAAGUGAUGUUGACGUUAGGCGUAGAGUGUUGGGCAAAGAGGGAAAAUCAAUCGACGAGGUUAUAAAGUUACAUAGACUAAGAUGGCUAGGUCACGUGGUGCGCAUGCCUAACCACCGCCUCCCCCGACGGGCAUUGUUAGCUGAUAUAGGUUCAGGUUGGAAAAGAGCCAGUGGUGGCCAAACAAAAACAUGGCAUCAAUCCAUGAAAUCCUUGACAGUUAAACUGAGUCAGGUAGGGAGAUGCAGACUCCCGGGUUGGGGCCCUCGGGACUCUAGGAAUCAAUGGCUGGAGACAAUAGGUGACAUGGCUCAAAAUCGUUGUCAAUGGCGCAGAUGUAUUCAAUCUCUGUAAUCUUUCAUAUUCCUUUCUACCAUUACCCAUUCUGUUUCACUCUUAUAUUUGUCAAACUCUAUUAAUUCUCUUCACUCAUCUUCUUGUCUACCUCUGUGUGCUAUUUGGAACGUGGCAACUCGAACUGCUGCACUUCGGUGCCAAGUUCUAUGUUGAAUCCAGACAGACAGACAGAUAUCGGCUUCCGGCUUAACAGUGUUAUCUGCGAUAAGCCUGCAAGAUCUGACGUCACUUAUACAGCGAGUCGCAACAGUAGGAAAGGUUGUGACAGAUGUUGCGUUACUGGCAACUAUGUAAACCGGCGCAUGGUAUUUAAGGAUGUUAACAGCUGUCGCAGGACAGAUAAUAGCUUUAGGAGUAAGGAAGGUGCCGAUUACCACCAUGGCACAUCAGUAUUUGAGAGACUUCCAAUUGAUAUGGUUAAGAUUUUUCCAUUAGAUUAUAUGCAUUUAGUCUGCUUAGGUGUUGUUAGGCGGCAAUUGGGUAUAUGGUUGCGUUUGGCAAAACAACGCCAAUUCAGAUUAAGCAAUGAAACAAUUGCUUGUAUUAACGAAAGGCUACAGGCUGCAGAAAGCUGCAUCACUAAGGACUUCCAAAGGAAGUGUCGCAGCUUGGAGUUUCUUCAGUUUUGGAAGGCCACUGAAUGCCGGCUAUUUCUUAUGUAUUUGGGCCCAGUUGUAUUACAUGACCUAUUACCCUCUCCACUAUACGCAAACUUUCUCAGAUUGUUCACGAGUGUCUACAUUUUAUGUCAUCCUCGUUACCACCUUAAAUUGUGCGACUCCGUUAAACAACAACUCAAGCAGUAUGUACUAUGUUUCGACAGCCUCUACCCUGAUGAGUUGGUUUACAAUGUGCAUGCUCUUCAGCAUUUAGCUGGGGACGUCUGUGAACACGGUUGUCUCGAUACCUUUUCAGCCUUCCCGUAUGAGUCACAUUUGUGCCAAAUCAAGGGAAGGGUGAUGAGUGGCUUCAGGGUAGCAAAACAGGUAGCCUCUCGAGAAGUCGAAAGAUGCGUGUUUGCAAGCUCUACAAAUGCAGGUAAGUCACCUGCUGAGCUAACCCCGCCAUGCGUUACAGUUUAUUUAGCAAAGCAGUCAUUUUGUGUUGGCAAGACUUACUAUUCAACUGUUUCGCCUGACCGAUUCGUAGUAGUGAAUGGAGUACCUGGGAUUAUCUGUGGUGUGGGUGAGGGCAAUUUAUUCAAAUUCACACCUUGUUUGGAUAAGCAACCAUUUUUUAAAAAGCCUUUCGAAUCAACGAAGCUUGAUAUAUACAAAUCAGGCCAAUUCUCAGGCGACACUGAAUGGGUUGCAAUUAACACAAUUAAAUAUAAGUGCAUUGCAAUACCCACAAAUCACUUCAACGUUUUCAUACCAAUGCCUCACACAUCGGCUAGAUAAGCUGUUGCCAUUGUUAAUUUGUGUUCCGUUGGCGUCAGUUGCAGUUAAUGGGGUUCAUAGGUAAUAGCCGACAUGAUCGACAAAGUGUUUUGGGUUUGCUAGCAUAUCAGUUUAAGUGUAGACUCCCUAUACAUUCCAGUAGGAUAAUUUUAAGGUAUUUCGUUCUUCAUUCACUAAUGUACCGUUCCUUUCAGAAUAUAUGGGCAAAUAUCGUAUUGCACUGAUCGAUGGGAAAAAUGAGGCAGUGAUAUGCCGAAGCUCUUCGUUUUUUGGACCCAAGCUUGUUGUAUGCAGCCAAGACAAUUGGGAAAAUGCCUAUGAGGAGGAGUAUCCCAAGAUUGAUUGGAAGAUAGAGAAUUGUGAGGUGAUAUUUGAAACAGGUUAGUCGUAUCGACACUUA